AUUCAUUCCACCAUAAUGGAUCGGAAAUUGAAGGGAAUGUUCGGGAACUUCAGCUUUCCAGUCGAUUGUAUUCGCGCAAUCGUACCUUACGAUGAAAGUUCCGCGAACCUCCAUGAUCUUGGAGAAGAUCUCACCCCUCCGCGUCAACUUCAGCAACCUUUAAUGGGUGAGUCUAAUACAAACCUUCAAGCUCUCCUCGAGAGUUACAGGACUAACAUCGGCACAGUUAAUACACCCACUUCAUACCAAUCCUAUAUACCUAUCAUAGGCAUGCAUCACAGCUCGUCUCAGGUUCAGACCUUGACCCAGCAUGGCUUUGGCCAAGCCAACACUGGGCAAGACGAAGACGAAGUAGAUAACGUCAGCCCCGUAUCAGGCUUCUCGACCAACUACCACGGGAAGAGGAACGAAAGAAACAGGCCCGAUGAUAUCACAGAUGACGAGAAUUGCGCUAUCUGGAUCGAAGGCUUACCCAUCGAUAUUGAUUAUCCCACACUACUGGCAGAACUUCGAGGGACAGGCAAGAUCUAUGCCGUUUUCAUCAACGACCCUGUUAAGAGGCACCACACGUGCGCCGCGAAGGUUGAGUUCUGGGGACGAGAUGGCGUGACGAGACUAUUCGAAAAGGUCAAAGAUGGCGAGCUCAGGUUUGGUGAAUUGGUGCCAACAGUGCGGCCAAACCGCGUGAAAAAGGGCGCGCAACCUGUUUCUCAUCGCUCCAGAGUCAUAGAAAUCACAGGCCCUACCCAAUUAGUCAAUGUUGUGACUAUUACCGCGGUACUACGACAGGCAUUCUUCUAUGACAUGGAGCUAAUCGAGAAUCUCUGGACGCAGGGAGGGCAAUCGAUGAUGCGGUGGACGUUUGCAUCUCACAGAAACCAAGCUGAAACCGCAAUGCGCCUCUUCGCCAGUAGGAAGAAUCACGUUAUACCAUCUUUAUGGCAGCAGGUCCAUUUCCGCUGGGGGCGGGAUCCAUGCGAGCCUUAG